AUGACCAGACUGCGUUCUUCUCGUCGUUGUCUUCACUUUGACAUCAACGUUAACGACCGACUGGGGGCGUACAAUUCGGACUUGAUCAGGGAAUACUGUGUCACGAGCCGCGUCUUGCGCCCCUUCAUGGCGUGCACGAAGCACUGGGCGAAGGUCCACGGGCUGAAUGAGCCGAGUACCGCAAACCGCCAAGUCUCCUUUAGCAGCUACUCCCUUGCCCUGAUGGCUAUCGCGUUCUUGCAGGCCAAAGGUCACCUCCCCAACCUCCAAGCACCCCUCACCGACCUCCCGCCAUCCGUCCUGGACGGCCACUUCUGGCCAAGCGCACAGCGCGUGAGGUGUGAUGUGCGCUUCUUUACGCAUCGUGCGAAGCACUUCAAAAGGGUAGUGGGGAAGGGGGAGAUGGAGCUGUUGAACAUGGCGUUGGCGAAGGGUGGGGAGAGCGAGACCUCAGGGUCGGGCGAUGGAGUGGCGGCAAGUGGGGAGGGGCUGCAGUCAGGUUGGGAGGGUGCUGAGGGGCUAGCGCAGACCUCGGGAGGCCGGGCAGAGGCGUCGCACGAGCUAUCACCGUCGGAGUGUCUGGAACUCGCGCGCGAUAGAGGAACGCCUGCCCCCAAGGUCUUUCGGUACGGAAAUGGUAGGAAGGUCCUCGCUCGUGAGGACGGCACCGGCAUCGAGAUUGUGCAGGAGCCGAACUGGUCGCACGCAGAGUAUAAGGACCUGGUAGAGCUGUUGAUUGAUUGGUUUAAGUUCUGGGCCAAGGACUUUAACCCCAAGCACCACAUGCUCAGUAUCCGGCACGGCGGGCUCAUCUCGCGCAAGGACUGCUCGCCUGUCAGAUGGCAGGACAUGCGCAAGGCGCCUGAGCAGGACGUGCGUAAAGCGCCCGAGUACGACAUGCGCAAGACGCUCGAGCAGCCCGAGGUGAUACCUACCACCUCCGGCGAUGUGCCCUUCGUCGCCGCCAGCGAGAUGCCCAUCGCCACUGAGGAGCCGCUCAACGCCACCGAGGAGCCGCUCAACCUCACCGAGAUGUCUACCCCCACCAGCGAGUCGUCUGCUACCCUAGACAAGGGGCAGCGGCUUGCCGAGAAGUCGGAGUCCGCGGACAUGGGACUGGCUUCUGACCAAGGCGUGGUGUCUGCCGUUCAAGGGGCAGAAUCGCUCGAGGAUGGGGCAGCAUCGCUCGAGGAUGGGGCGGAAUCACCGCGAGUCGAAGAUGGGGCUAAGUCGGUAUCAUCGACAGAACCCAUCUUGGUCUCAUCCUCGGAGUCCAAUGUGGACGUUUCGCAAUGUGGUUCCGGAUCGGACGGCUUGCAUGAGGCCAAGGAUGGGGCGCAUGAAGCUAGUCUGGACGCCGUUGAUGCUAAUCGGGACGCUGUAGAUGCUAGUCUGACCGCCGUCGAAGCCAGUGUAGACGCAUUGGAAGCUGGAACAGGCUCUACCGAUGCCAGCAUGCCCUCAUCGAGAACCAGCGCAGAUCCUGACCCCGCUCGACCAGACCGCGACUCCGACGCAGAACGCAACGACGUCGACUUCUCUGCUUCCCCUCUCGUCAACAAGCAAUGGGAGGGCGAUACGUUAUGCCUCAUUGACCCGUUCAUUCGGACGAAGAACUGCACCGCCUCCAUCACGCCCACCGUCUUCGCGCUCUUCCGCCAGCGCGCGCAAGUCGCGUACGAGCAGCUGCGAUGGGGUAUCCGCGUGCAAGAGUCAUACCUCGUCCUCGACCCCGAGCUCGCGCAGCUCUACCCCGCGCCCUACGAACCUGCCUGA